GAUCGUACCACGUGAUUGCUGUACAUGGGACGCUAAGUCCUUUGCGCACGUGAUCGCUAUUUAGGGAUGCGCUAAAGUCAUGACGUUUUACAACGCUACAGGCCUUGAUACCGUCCCGCCGGGUUUAUCCGAUACAUCUCUUUGGCAAGAACAGCAGCAGUGGUAUCUAGAAAAUCGGAAGCCUCAUUUGGCAUCGUCCGUAACAUCCGUUUUUAACCAUUUAAAGCGGUGCUUGAGGACCACUUCCACAUCUCGCCCGUCUUCCGCAGCUUCGAACGUGUAUCUUGCUCACAUUGAACGACAGACGCGUAUUAAUAAAACACGCAGUAUGGCGACCGCCGGAAAAUUCUUCGUUGGAGGCAACUGGAAGAUGAACUGUUCGAAGAAGCAGGCAGAAGAGAUUGUCGGGUUUCUUAAGAGUGGAAAUCUCUCCGGGAAUACCGAAGUGGUCGUCGCCCCUCCAGCACUGUACCUGGAUUAUGUCAAAUCUCGUCUUCCCGCCAAUGUUCUGGUGGCGGCGCAGAACUGUUACAAGGAGGCCAGUGGAGCAUUCACCGGAGAGAUUAGUCCGGCGAUGAUAAAGGAUCUCGGAAUUGAAUGGGUGAUCAUUGGUCAUUCGGAGCGUCGGCAGAUAUUCAAAGAGGACGACUCUUUAAUUGGCCAAAAAGUUAAGCAUGCUCUGUCGGCUGGAAUCAAGGUGAUCGCCUGCGUCGGCGAAACUCUGGAAGAGCGGGAAGCCAACAAAACCGAAGAAGUCGUCUUUCGUCAGACCAAGGCUAUUUGUGAAAAUAUCACGGACUGGAACAAUGUCGUCCUAGCCUACGAGCCGGUGUGGGCGAUCGGCACAGGGAAAACUGCCACACCGGAACAGGCUCAGGAAGUCCACGCCAAACUGCGAGAAUGGCUGAAGAGCAAUUUCAAGCAAAACCUUCGAAUCAUCUAUGGAGGAUCAGUGACCGGCAAAAACUGUAAAGAUUUGGCCGGACAAAAAGACGUCGAUGGCUUCCUAGUUGGUGGUGCUAGUCUCAAGCCGGAGUUUGUGGAAAUUAUCAACGCACGGGGUUAACUACUGGCGCUGAGCGAUGUGUUCAAAUCAAUUUGGAUACAGAGCUGUGUUCGCUUUUCCCGCGGUUUUGCAUUUCGACUAUGAUCGUUUAAGCAUGAAGCUCCGUAUCGAUGCUGGCGUUUACUUCUCUUUUAACAAACUCACACUGUUCCCGUUGGGCGACGAACUAGGCCAAGGACCCGAUUGGCCGCUGAUGAGCUGUGUGUUGCCUGAUUCAGGCAUGAUUGAAUAAGCGCAUCACAUGUGCGCUACGAGCGUAGUUUGAAAUCAAAAUAUCAAGUCUUUUCUCGCGUUGCCUGCCUGUGUUCCACUUUCCCGUGUGACAAGUGUUGUGAUGUAUGUGUUGAUAUAAAUCCUAACCCGGGUGGUUCCGUUUA